AAAGAAAAAAAAUACAUUACAUUUAUGCUCAUACGUUUGUAUAAAAUCUAGAGAGAGAGAAGAAAAAUGUGGGCUUUUUCAGAGAAAUAAAAAAGGAAACUUAUUUUUCUUUCUCUUUUUCUCUCAGCUCCUUCUGCUUGUUUGCAUCGGGAAACAAAAGAAAGAAACUGUUGGCACAUUUGGUUUCUCUUCUUCAUUGAAGGGUCGAAUUUGUUCUGAGAAAAGAAGAGAGAGAGAGAGAUAAGAGGCAAAGAGCCCCCACAAGAGAGACAUGCUUGUCUGUGUGUAGUCCCUUUUCUGUAUGUUCUUUAAUCUCUCCCCUACUCUGUUUUUUUUUGUCAUGUGUAAGGGUUUUGUCCUUCGAAUUUGGAGUUUUCUGUAACCAAAAAGAACCAGAUUCUAUGACAUGGCUUUGUCUUUAAUUCUUCUGGUUUCUUGAUUUAUCUUGUAUCCUGUUUGCGCUCAAUAGAGCUCUUUGUCUCCCUCCUGGUUACGAAAAAAUAAUAAAAAUGAAGACUUUGUUAAAAGAAAAAAAUAGUCCGAGUCUCGCUUAAAGCCUAGUGUUGAGUGUGGGAGAGACAAACAGAACAUAACAUCCUCUACACAUGAUGGCUUCAUUGGCUUGUGUUGAGGAGAAGAUGAAAACAAAUGGUUUGGUUAACGGAGGAACAACAACAACAUCUCAAUCUACUCUGCUUGAAGAGAUGAAGCUGUUGAAGGAUCAGUCAGGAACGAGAAAGCCGGUAAUAAACUCGGAGCUAUGGCACGCUUGUGCAGGCCCUCUGGUUUGUCUUCCUCAAGUUGGGAGCUUAGUGUAUUACUUCUCACAAGGUCACAGUGAACAGGUUGCUGUUUCAACCAGAAGGUCUGCAACAACCCAAGUUCCUAACUACCCAAAUCUUCCAUCUCAGUUGAUGUGCCAAGUCCAUAAUGUUACCCUUCACGCAGACAAAGACAGUGACGAAAUUUAUGCUCAGAUGAGUCUACAACCUGUUCACUCUGAGAAAGAUGUGUUCCCAGUACCAGACUUUGGACUAUUGAGCAGAAGCAAGCACCCAGCUGAGUUUUUCUGCAAAACGCUUACUGCGAGUGAUACAAGUACACAUGGAGGUUUCUCUGUGCCACGUAGAGCUGCAGAGAAGCUAUUCCCACCGCUGGACUACACAGCACAGCCUCCAACGCAGGAGCUUGUAGUUAGAGAUCUUCAUGAGAAUACCUGGACAUUUCGCCAUAUCUAUCGAGGGCAGCCAAAGAGACAUCUCCUGACAACAGGAUGGAGUUUGUUUGUUGGCUCAAAGAGACUGAGAGCUGGAGAUUCUGUUUUGUUCAUCAGGGAUGAGAAGUCGCAGCUGAUGGUUGGUGUGAGGCGAGCUAAUCGCCAACAAACAGCGCUUCCUUCAUCUGUUCUCUCAGCAGACAGUAUGCACAUCGGUGUCCUAGCUGCUGCUGCUCACGCAACUGCAAAUUGCACUCCUUUCUUGAUUUUCUAUAAUCCAAGAGCGUGUCCAGCAGAAUUUGUGAUCCCUCUAGCUAAGUACCGGAAGGCUAUAUGUGGAUCUCAGCUCUCAGUUGGUAUGAGGUUUGGCAUGAUGUUUGAAACUGAGGAUUCAGGGAAACGUAGAUACAUGGGAACCAUAGUUGGAAUCAGCGAUAUGGAUCCGUUGAGAUGGUCUGGUUCUAAGUGGCGUAACCUACAAGUUGAAUGGGAUGAGCCUGGAUGUAACGACAAACCUAAUAGGGUCAGUCCAUGGGAUAUUGAAACACCUGAGAGUCUCUUCAUUUUUCCUUCUCUCACCUCAGGACUCAAACGUCAGCUCCAUCCAUCUUACUUUGCUGGUGAAACCGAAUGGGGUAGCUUGAUCAAACGUCCUCUAAUCCGUGAUUCCACAAAUGGGAUUCUGCCUUACGCAUCAUUCCCAAACAUGGCUUCAGAGCAGCUUAUGAGAAUGAUGAUGAGACCUCACAACAACAACAACAACAACAACCAGAAUGCAUCCUCUUUCAUGUCUGAGAUGCAGCAGAAUGUUUUAAUGGGGCAUGGCGGUUUACUAGGAGAUAUGAAUAUGCAGCAGCAACCAAUGGUAUCUGAGAUGGUGCGACCAGAAAGCAAGCUGACUGUGAACCCAUCUGCUUCCAAUACAAGUGGCCAAGAACAGAAUCUGUCACAGAGUAUGAGUGCUCCUCCAAAACCUGAAAAGCCAACUCUCUCUGGCUGUAGCUCUGUGAGAGUCAACCAUGGAAAUGAGCAGAAGUCAGUGGAACAGGCUAGCCAGGUGAGAGCAGUCGCUGUGUGUAAUGAGUCAGCUUUGUCUCCAUUACAAGCUGAUCCAUCUCCUGACACAAGUCAACAGAUAUAUCCACCACAGUCUAAUGGAUUCUCUUUCCUGGAAUCAGAAGAGCUGACAUCACAAGUCUCAUCCUUCCAGUCACUAGCCGGAUCAUACAAGCAACCACCAAUGCUAACCUCCCAGGAUUCUUCAGCUGUUGUGUUGCCUGAUUCAACAAACUCACCGCUGUUUCACGAUGUGUGGGACAAUCAGCUAAAGUUUGACCAGUUCAGUCCCUUGAUGAAUCAAGACCUUUAUGGUUGUCAGGAUAGCACAACCAGCAACAUUCUAGAUCCUCCUCCACUCUCAAACACAGUUCUUGAUGACUUCUGUGCCAUCAAAGAAGCCGAUUUUCAGAAUCAUCACCCUUCUGAUUGUUUGGUCGGGAACAGCAACACUAGCUUCGCUCAAGAUGUAUCACAGAUCACAUCUGCUAGCUUUGCAGACUCAAAGGCCAUUUCUCGCCAAGAUAACUCUGGAGGAACUACUGGUACGUCUUCAAGCAAUGUUGAUUUUGAUGAUAAUAGUCUGCUGCAGCAGAAUAGUAAAGGCUCAUGGCAGAAACUUGCUGCAACCCCUCGUGUCCGAACCUACACUAAGGUUCAAAAAACCGGGUCAGUUGGUAGGUCAAUUGAUGUCACAAGCUUCAGAGACUACAGGGAGUUGAAAACUGCAAUUGAGUGUAUGUUUGGACUUGAAGCAUUACUCACUCGUCCGCAAAGCUCAGGAUGGAAGCUUGUGUAUGUUGAUUAUGAGAGUGAUGUUCUGCUUGUAGGAGAUGAUCCAUGGGAAGAGUUUGUGGGAUGUGUAAGGUGCAUAAAGAUAUUGUCGCCAACAGAGGUUGAGCAUAUGAGUGAAGAAGGAAUGAAGCUUUUGAACAGCGCUUGCAUAAAUGAUCUCAAGUCUUCUGUUUCUAAAUGAUGUAGCAAUAUUAAAAAUUAGAUGUGUUAAGGAGAAAGAGAGAACCAUCUUGUUGUUCCAAUUUGAAACCUGCAACUAUUUUAAGGUUAUUUUUAGUAAGGAAAAAGAGAGAAUCAUCUUGUUGUAACAUACAACUUGUAAGCUUUGAUGUGUUGGUCUUAAAAGGGGAUGAAUAGAUCAAUAGUUUAGCUUUUA